AUGUUUUAUUUUCCUUCUUUUCUCUUAAUUCAUUCUUUCCUUUCCUUCCCUCUUUUUUCCUUUCCCUCUUUCUUUCAUUUCCGUUCUUCUUCCCUUUCUCUCUUUCUUUUCCCAGCUUUCCUUUCCUACCUCUUUUCCUUUCCUUCAUUUCUUUUUCCUCCUUCGUUUCUUUUCCCUCCUCUCUUUCCCCCUUCUUUCUUUUCUCUCCUUUCUGUUUCUUCCUUCUUUCCUUUCCUUCCUCCUUUCCUUCCCCACCUUCUUUCAUUUCCGUCCUUUUUCCCUUUCUCUCUUUCUUUCCCACCUUUUCUUAUCUACCUUUUUUCCUUUCCCUCCUUUCUUUUUCUUCCUUCUUUCCUUUCCCUCCUCUCUUUUUCCCUUCUUUCUUUUCUCACCUAUUCGUUUUCUCCUUCUUUCCUUUCCCUCCUUCUUUCCUUUCCCUCCUUCUUUCCUUCCACCUUCUUUCAUUUCCGUCCUUCUUCCAUUUCUCUCUUUCUUUCCCCACCUUUCCUUCCCUACCUUUUCCUUUCUCCUUUUCCUUUCCUCCUUUCUUUUUCCUCCUUCUUUCCUUUCCCCCCGCCUUUCUUUUGCCCCUUCUUUCUUUUCUCUCCUUUCCGUUUCCUCCUUCUUUCAUUUCCCUCCUCGUUCCUUCCCCCUUCUUUCAUUUCCGUCCUUUUUCCCUUUCCCUCUUUCUUUUCCCACCUUUCCUUUCCUACCUCUUUUCCUUUCCCUCCUUUCUUUUUAUUCCAUGUUUCCUUUCUCUCCUCUCUUUUUCCCUUCUUUCUUUUCUCACCUAUUCGUUUUCUCCUUCUUUCCUUUCCCUCCUUCUUUCCUUUCCCUCCUUCUUUCCUUCCACCUUCUUUCAUUUCCGUCCUUCUUCCAUUUCUCUCUUUCUUUCCCACCUUUCCUUCCCUACCUUUCCUUUCUCCCUUUUUCCUUUCACUCCUUUCUUUUUCCUCCUUCUUUCCUUUCCCGCCUUUCUUUUGCCCCUUCUUUCUUUUCUCUCCUUUCCGUUUCCUCCUUCUUCCCUUUCCCUCCUUUUUUUCCUUUCCCUCUUUCUUUCAUUUCCGUCCUUCUUUCCUUUCUCUCUUUAUUUUCCCAGCUUUCCUUUCGUACCUUUUUUCCUUUCCCUCCUUUCUUUUUCCUCCUUUCUUUUCCCUCCUAUGUCUUUUCCCCCUUCUUUCUUUUUCCUCCUUUCCGUUUCCUCCUUCUUUCCUUUUCCUCCUCCUUUCCUUCCCCUUUCUUUCAUUUCCGUCCUUCUUCCCUUUCUCUCCUUUCCGUUUCCUCCUCCUUUCCCUUCUUCCCUCUCCCUUCCUUCAUUUCCCUCCUUCUUUCCUUUCCCUCCUCUCUUACCCCCUUCUUUCUUUUCUCUCCUUUCCGUUUCCCCCUUCUUUCCUUCAUCCUUCUUUCAUUUCCCUCCUUUCCUUUCUCUCCUUUCCGUUUCCUCCUCCUUUCCCUUCUUUCCUCCCCCUUCCUUCAUUUCCAUCCUUCUUUCUUUUCUCUUCUUUUUUCCUUUCUUCUUUUUUUUCGCGCUUCUAUUCCAUCGGAUUUUCAUCCAUUCAGUUGUUUUUUUUUACUUUACAUGAUUUUGAGACCUAUUUUUUUCCUGAUCACUUCCUUCCUUUGUUUUCUCUUUUUACGAAAAUAAUACCCUCUUUAUUCUUACCAUUGUUCUCUCUCCUUUUCUUUUUAACUUCUUUUGUUCUUUCUUUCCUGAAAGCUGAUGACACCAAGAUGUCACCAACAAAGAGCAGAAAACCAGCAAGCAAACAAGAAGACGCUAUACCAUCCUUAAAGCAACUUUCUAUCUAUCUAUCUAUCUAUCUAUCUAUCUAUCUAUCUAUCUAUCUAUCUAUCUAUCAGAUUUCUAUUCAUAUCUAUCUAUCUAUCUAUCUAUCUAUCUAUCUAUCUAUCUAUCUAUCUCAGACUUCUAUUCAUAUCUAUCUAUCUAUCUAUCUAUCUAUCUAUCUAUCUAUCAGAUUGUACAUAAAAUAUUUAUCUAUCCCAGUCUAUUCACAUCUAUCUAUCUAUCUAUCUAUCUAUCUAUCUAUCUAUCUAUCUAUCAGAUUGUACAUAAAAUAUUUAUCUAUCCCAGUCUAUUCAUAUCUAUCUAUCUAUCUAUCUAUCUAUCUAUCUAUCUAUCUAUCUAUCUACUUCUUCUUUCGCACACUUACCCAUCCGAAUAUCUUCUACUCGACCUUUGCCCUGGAUGCCGUAGUUCCCUCCUUCCCUAGUCUGUCGGACAACCCUUUACAUCGCCAUCUACCACCGACCUCACCCAAGGGUCACAACAGUGUCAGUCGAGACGGGGUUCUCUUCAGAUAUUGA